CCCUUGUCGCCGUCGCCAUGAAUCGAUUGUUCGGACGGGCCAAGCCGAAAGCCCCACCGCCUAACCUGACGGACUGUAUCGGGAAUGUCGAUGGCAGAGCCGAAUCUAUUGAUAAGAAAAUUUCUAGGCUUGAUGUGGAAUUGGCAAAAUACAAAGAUCAAAUGAAGAAAAUGAGAGAUGGUGCAUCAAAGAAUAUGGUAAAGCAAAAGGCAAUGCGCGUUUUGAAGCAAAAGAGAAUGUAUGAACAACAGAGAGACAAUCUCAUGCAGCAGUCCUUCAACAUGGAACAAGCCAAUUAUACCAUACAGACAUUGAAAGACACAAAAACAACGGUGGAUGCAAUGAAAACUGGUGUCAAGGAAAUGAAGAAAGCUUACAAACAAGUCAAGAUUGAUCAGAUUGAGAAUAUACAAGAUCAACUGGAAGACAUGAUGGAAGAAGCAAAUGAUGUGCAGGAGGCCUUGAGUCGCAGUUAUGGUACGCCAGAGAUCGAUGAGGAUGAUCUGGAAGCUGAACUGGAUGCAUUGGGUGAUGAGCUUCUAGCUGACGAAGAUUCAUCCUAUCUAGAUGAUGCUGCAUCUGCACCAUCUAUUCCUGAAGGUGUUCCCACUGAUGCAAAAACCAACAAGGAUGGCGUAUUGGUGGACGAAUUUGGCCUGCCUCAGAUUCCUGCUACUUAACACGAGCUGCUUGCAAGCAAAUUUGUAAUUAAACAUUUUUGUAUGUAUAUUGUUAUUUGCAAAGAAUAUAUUCCAAAAUCAAAACCUGGGCUUCUCAUGAUCUUGGUCACUACAUUAUGGAAUUGUGCUUGAGAGAAUUGCACAUGUAGACCUUAAUGAUUAUUGCAGGUGGGCUUUUAAGUCACCAUUGAAUACCUUUAAAUAAUGUGCAAGAAAUGCGUUGUAGAAUCUUGACUUACAAUAUGCCCCUUACAGAUUUACAAUGAUUAAUUGCAUUCAACUAACAUUUUAAUCUGCAAUGAUUCCAAACAUGGUAAUACAGAAAGUAGGUUUGUGGAAAACUUUGGGAUUCAGUUAAACUGCUGUAUAUUAAUAAACUUACUGCUCAGACAGGCCAA